AUGCAUCAAGGAGUGAUUGAGGCAGAGACCGGCGACUUGGAGAGGAAGAGAGCCGAUAGGCGAUCAAGCAAGAUUCGAGGCAUCAUUGGUGGUCAGCAGGCUCGCCUCGAAGACAAUGGGACGACUUCGACCGCCAUCUUUGCAACGAGACACCUCAAUCAGAAAGUCAGCUUCAGCAAGAGCGCCAGCAGAUUGCUGGCAGCAGUGCCCAACCUGAACAGGACAGUGAUGGCAGCCUCGUAUCUCCAGGCCAGUGGACUUCAGGCAGGCCAGACAGCCCAAGGACAGGCGCAGAGGGGCGCCACAGCUGCAGCAGGCGGCAUGCAGGGUCCCGCAGCCCCAGAGGCAGAAGCUGCAGGACCUUCGCAAGCGCCACAGCCAGGGAUCAGCCGCAGGCAGCUCAGCGCUCAGGGAGCCGAGCAGGACAUCGUCCAACGGUGGCUUGCGUUCAGCCUCAAGGCCUCAUCCACCGUUGCAGAGCUGAAGCGGUUCCUGCUUGACAGAGGCCAGCGGCCAGUGAUCUUCACCAGAAGCGCGCUGCUCGCCAGGGUGGAAGGGCUGCUUAGAUUUGAGCAUCCAGAAGGUGGACUGGAGCCGAGUGCGGCGGCGGUUGAAGAGAUCACAGCCGCUGUUGAGGCCGCAGCCCAACCGGCACGGCAAAGACCAGCAAGGCAGAAGGCGCCGAAGAAGUCACAGCUUCAGAUGGAAGCGGCCAAGUCCAUUGUUAACAAGGGAGUGAGCAGCGGCCUGCCCGUGGUCAAACUCAAGCAGAUUGACGAGUUGCUCUGGACCUUCGACAAGUGCCACUACCUGCCGCAGUUGGGGGAGAGCACUCCCUCGAUUGGUGUCGCUCUCUGGGCCGUCACAAGCACGCUGCACCGCGACGGGGAGUUCCCAGCACGCAACUUGUCCCAGUUGGGUCGUGCUGCCAAGGCUCCUGUUGGUUUGGUGCGCGCUGUGCAGCCAGGCAGCGAUGGCACCCAGCUGCAUAUGGAGAUAUGGUUCCUCGAGGCGCGCGUGCAGACAGAUAGCCAGGGGGAGCCCGAGGCAGCGGUGGCAGGGGAAGGCGGUGGGGCACGCGCAGAUGUGGAGGGACGGGGUGCAGGAGAGGCAGCCACCGGUGGGGGCGUGCAGGAAGGGCAUGGGCGGGGUCGGGGCAGGAAGCGUGGCCGCCGCGGCACAGGCGGGGCGCGUGGCAGCAAUCGGCCCAGAAGGGGCAGCCGAGGCAGGCUCAGGCGCCCAACCGCCAGAGCCGCAGAGUUUUGGGGUCCCCCCACUGAGGGCGACGAAGACGAGGUUGGGAACCUCUUCUCUGAGUCAGAUGCGGAUGACCAGCCAGCGCAGCAGCACAGUGACCCAGCAGAGCCAGAAGGGCAGGCAGAGGGUGUCCUGCCUGAGGCCAGCGAAGUGCCGCCGCAGCCCACAGCUUGUGCGAGCCAGUCGCCGUUGCACGGCUGCUUGCUGGCAGAUGAGUCGCCGCAGCCUGUGCCAGUCCCCAACGUGCGGCUGAGCAUGCAGGGGCAUGCCGCAUCGCCGGCCAAAAUGGCUGUGCUGGUGAUCGACUACCGGCACAUUGCAGCGGCCCUCUGUCAUCCAAAACGGCUGAAGGUGGCUCUCGGAGGCGCUGCCGGGAGCUCGCCCAUGAACGUCGAAGAGGCUGCAACUGGUGUGGCGCUGGCAAUGUUGCUGGCUGAGGAGCAGAAUGCGGCGCGCGCCGGAGAAGGUGGGAGUGCUACGGCAGCGGAGCAGUCGCAGUCAGCCUUGGAGCAGUCACCGCUGUCUGGCGCCAUGGUCUUCUUUGAUCCUGCUCUGGAGCUCGCUGCCGAUGAGGAGCCAGCUUCCUCCUACCGCUCUGCAGAUGGCCCAGCAGGCAUGUACAAAAUCCUGCUCUGUCAUUCCUGUCGACCGUCCCUGGAAGUUUCCUCCCCUGGGAUCAACAUGGAAGCUGCAAUGGGUGUCAUCGCAGGGCUGGCAUGUCAGCUGAACCCCUCGCCGCAAGCCAGAGGCCAUUCGAGCGCGCACAGUGACGUGCAGAUUCUGCCAGAUGACACAGUCUAUGUCCUAACAGAUGACAGGAGGAUAGUGGGGACGGCAGAGGUGAUGGUGGCAGUUCCCGAGAGGUGCCUUCGCUUUCUGAGGCGCCCACCGGCGGCUGGAGAGUGA